AUGGCGCGACGGUACGAGAUCGACGAAUUGCUGUCGCUGCGCUCAUCGCCUCUUGUCGCCAAACCCCCUGGUUUACCCCCAAUUGAGGAAUGGAUGCCCCAACCAGACCCAGCUAGUCAGACCAAGCAGCGAACCCCUCGUGAUACGAACAAUGCCGGGGAGACAAGCACCAACAGAAGACCCAGUUUCUUUGAAGCUCGACACAUCGCCCGCGGCUCGAACUCCGAAGAUAUUAUUCUCGGCCCUCCAAAAACCGCCUUUGCUUCAUCUCGUAUUGGCGGUAUCGGCAAAGGAUCAUUCGACCUUAAUGACCGUCCAGGACGCACGGGCGACACGGAUGACAAGAAUGAACGCUUCAACUUCCGCGACAAGCUUCUGAAAGAGAAAGAUGGGUCUGAACGGGAUCUGGACCGCCGCGACGGAAAGUCUACGGCCUUGACCGGUCGACGCGGGGAAAGAGAGGACUGGAAUGCUACCCGCCCUCGUCGCGCUCUCGGGACUGAUGAGCAAGAUCGCAAGCCGCGUCGCAAUGGCGAAUUCGACCGUUGGGAGAAUCGAGAGAAUACUCGGGACCUCACGACCGAGCGAGGCGUUCGGGAUCGAGACACUCGUGCGGCUGUGAAGAAAGAUGGCCAACCCACCAGAGCUAAAUUGGAGGGAAGCUGGUUCAGAGAUGAAGCCGCACAUGAAGUUGGUGAUGCCGAAGACGACAAACAACAACAUCGCACUCGAGAGUGGCGUCGUGACCGACACGGUGCGGAUCGCGAUUGGACCCGCGGUGCGAAAUUGGAGCAAGAGCCGGAAUGGCUCGAUAGCAACGAACGCGAUGAGCCACGACGCGCUCACACGCAGGAAGAUUUUGAGCGAUGGAAGGAAAGAAUGAAGGCUGGAUCUGGUGCUGGUCAGCAGGCUCCGGUUCAUGAAGAGAAGAAGGAGGCCCCCGCCGAGCCACACGUCCCGGACAAUCGGCCAGAAUCCCACCCUACAGAUGGAGAAAUCUUCAGUCAUCCGGGUGCCCAUUUUGCGGCAGAUGCUUCAAUGGAGCGAUUUUUCGGCAUGCUCGGGGAGCCGAAACCCCAAGUGCCAGAUGUUGCAUCUCCAAUUGCCGUUGAACAAACUCCCAAGAAGGAGACCCUGGCCCCGAACACUGCUAUGAAGUCUGGCAAAUCAUCUCGAUUUGCUGGGCUUUUUAGCCCACCGCCAGAAUCGCCAGUGAGGGAGCCCGCUUCUCAAGGACCCUCGCUGGCCACCUUGUUCGGGGGCGGGAGUCCAGCCAAUGCCCAGGACGCAGAUCAAGAAGGAUUCCAGCGCAUUCUCAAGAUGCUUGGGGGAGGAAGCAGCCGAUCUAACAACGGUACCCCAAACCAGGACGAAUCGCGCCAGUCGUCUCGACAUGUUCCAAUGGCCCGCCCCGAACCACCACUGCGCGCACCUACAGGCAUGUCCUCCCCUAGAGACUCUCUUCCGCAGUCGGAGUACAUGAGUCCCUUGGAGAUGCCUCACGCCCAGGCUUCUGGAAAGGAGCCUCAGGCUCGCGAGCGCGAGCACCUGCUUCGUCUCAUGCAGCAAGUUCGUGUCGGACCCCCCUCGGGUCACCCGUCCCAGCACUCAUCACCGAGCUCCAGUGUGGCACCACCCCCGGGCUUGAUACCGGAGAUGAUGUCUCGGCCUCCUCCUGGACUCGGUGCCCAAAAGACACCUAAUUUCCUUGAUGAUCCAGCCAUUGCCAACAUGCAGCGGCCGGAUAGCGAACAGCUCCGCCGAAGGGUUCCUAACGGACCACCUCCGUUAGGCUACUUUGAUGAUGCGCCAUUUAUCAACCAGGCCGGCCAGGGUUCAAUGACUCCAGGUGGUUCUCGUCCUCUUCAAGGCUUGACCCAGCCUCCAAUGCCACUUCAGCGGCCACCAGGGCUGGAACACAUGCCGCCCCCUGGCUGGGCUGGGCAACAUGUACCUCAACCCAAUGGACCGAAUCCAAUGGGUGCUCCUCCAGGUAUCCCAGCACCCAAUCGUGGCUUCCCGCCGGGCAUGGUUCCAAUGCCCCUUCGCGGGCCCCCACCUGGUAUGAUGCCACCCCCAGGAUACAUGGGGGGUCCACCACCGCCUGGCUUCCCUAACAUGCCACCCAAUCCCGAUGUCAUGAUGGGAGCCGCCCCUGGAGGUCAAGGCCCCUUUGUACCAGGCCCUCAAGGACCGCCGCCGACCUCUCGCCAUCUCCUGGAGAUGUUUGGUCAGCCCAACGGGGGUGAUGGGCGUGGCGGCAUGAUCGGACCGGGUCAGUUCAGAUAA